CUCCAAACUCUCUUGGAACUUGGAAGCCAUAGCCUGUAGCUCACACCUUUUCCCGUUCUCUCUCUCUCUAAAACGCUCCUCCCUUUAAAGCUCCUAAUCUCUACUUUACAGAGACAAAUCAUAUUUCUUUUCUUUGGGCAAUCGUAUUCUGGCCUUAAGAGCUUCGGUUAAGCUAUAUUUGAUCAGAGUCUGGUGCAUAACGGAGUACCUCAUUUUCUGACUCCGUCGGAUUUCAGACUUUAGAGACUUCAGUUUUCUGUUAAAGGAAACUGAGGAAGGAUACACAAGUACUAGAAGUGGUGUGUAAAUAUGAAGCUGUUGGUGUGGAUUCUAACCUUUCAUGGAACCGAUAUUUAUUUUGGAAGCUGUCAUUCUCAAUCUUGGGAAACUUGAAAACUUAAGACAACGAUACUGAAAAAAUGGUCAGUUGGAGAAAUGAAGAUAGUGGAGCUAAUCUCACUAGAGUGUACUGAUUCAUCUGGGCCAUCAAGUAUCCCUACAUUUGUAAGUUUGGCUUUUCUUGGAAAGUAAAGGGAGGACAGGAGCAAUCAUGGAUGUCGACUCACAACCAUCCAUGGAAGAAACCAUUUUGGUUGGUGAUGAUCUAAUGAUGGGGCCACCAUCGCCCAUCAUUCCACCUGAAAUUGCAUCUCAUGUGCUUGAAGGUGUUGAUUUGUGCGAUGGGAUAUUGAGGAAUCUCUUUCUAUGCUUGCAAAUAAAUGAUAUUGAGCCUUUUUGUCAAGAUGAAAUAGCAGUUUAUCGACAGUGUGCUGAAAAACGGGAUAGAGAACUAAGACAACGGCUGCAAGACAGUGAAUGUAAAUUAGGGUCAUCAAUGCCUCUAGAUGCAGCAAAGGAAAGGGCUACACAACUUGAAUCAGAAGUUACAUUAUUGGAGAGACGCCUAAUUCUUGCUAGUGGUGUUGAAGGCAUCGAAGGAUUCCGUCAACGAUGGAGUUUGCACGGUCGGCUCACUGAUACCAAGAAAAGGCUGGAAUCUUUAAAGAAAGGAAUCGAGAACAGAAGAGAUGAUGAGCCAGCAAGGAAAACGUCGUCUUCCAAAAGAUGGUUCUUUUAGUGUAAGUGAUUGCUUCAUAUACUAUGAAUCCUAUUUGGUUCUUAAAAGUUUAUGAACCACGAUUCUUCUAAAUACAAACAAGGCUUGAGUUUUAGGCUAAAACUCUAUGUAGUCUAACAAGGGCAUCUUUUUAAAUUUUUGGCACAAAAAGAAGGUAAAUGACUGUGUUACAUCAGAUAAUACAAGCAGAGAAGUUUAUGGGCAGACAUAAAAGAGUAGGCUUCUUUAUACGCCCACCAAAGAGACACUGCAAAAGAAAUGGUUAAAAAGACUGUUUUAAUGUAUAGAGUAAUUUUGAAGAGAGUGGAAAAAGCGAUUUUAA